GGACGAGCCCCUGAGGCCUCCGUCCUCCCCUCAGAGGUGUCGGGGCUUGGCCCCAGCCUCCAUCUUCAUCUCUGAGGAUGGCGAGCAGCAGCGGCUCCAAGGCCGAAUUCAUCGUCGGAGGGAAAUAUAAACUGGUACGGAAGAUCGGGUCUGGCUCCUUCGGGGACAUUUAUUUGGCGAUCAACAUUACCAGCGGCGAGGAAGUGGCAGUGAAGCUAGAAUCUCAGAAGGCCAGGCAUCCCCAGUUGCUGUCCGAGAGCAAACUCUCUAAGAUUCUUCAAGGUGGGGUGGGCAUCCCCCACAUACGGUGGUAUGGUCAGGAAAAACACUACAAUGUGCUAGUCAUGCACCUUCUUGGACCCAGCCUUGAAGACCUCCUCAAUUUCUGUUCAAGCAGGUUCACAAUGAAAACCGUACUUAUGUUAGCUGACCAGACGAUCAGUAGAAUUGAGUAUGUGCGUACAAAGAAUUUUAUACACAGAGACAUUAAGCCAGAUAACUUCCUAAUGGGUAUUGGGCGUCACUGUAAUAAGUCAUUCCUUAUUGAUUUUGGUUUGGCCAAAAAGUACAGAGACAACAGGACAAGGCAACACAUACCAUACAGAGAAGAUAAAAAUCUCACUGGCACUGCUCGAUACGCUAGCAUCAAUGCACAUCUUGGGAUCGAACAGAGUCGCCGAGAUGACAUGGAAAAAGCAGAGCAGAUGAUCGGAGCAGCAUUUGUUUCUCCCCAAAUCUAG